AAUCAUAAUGAUCUAUAAACAAUUAUUAAUCUGUAGGCUGCGUUUAUUCGAUUUUUUUUUUAAUAACAACUAAUCAAGUUGUAAUGUAUUGAUAAGCCGGCUUAUUUUUAUUACGAUUACCGGAAUUCAAACCCAUUACGUUUUUUAUAAAUCGGUCAGAAUUGUUUUUAUCUUGUAUUUAAUAUUUGUUUUAGUAUUAAAUGUAAAUAUUACCUGCUAUAGUACCACUUUAUUAACUUUUUUUUUAGGCCGUUUACAUAAUAUAAUAUUAUCUAUAGUAAGUAUAUUAUCCAAUUAUAACUAGAAAAUUAUUCAAGACAAGUGUGCUUCUUUUGACUGCUCUACGAUGAAGUUGGAUGAACCAGUUAUCAUCGUGCAUGGUGGAGCAGGCAAUAUUCCAGACAAUCGCGACCAACCAAAAUUUGAUGGCAUGUUGGCUGCUAUUAGGAGAGCACAUGCUGUUUACAAAAACACAUCAUCAAUCAUGGACGCGUGUCAGGCAGCAGUCGAGUGUAUGGAAGACGACGAGGCGUUUAACGCUGGCCGAGGAUCGGUGUUGAAUUUAAAAGGAGAAAUCGAAAUGGAAGCACUGAUCAUGGAAGGUGAAAACAUGAAGGCUGGAAGUAUAACUGGCGUUCGAAACAUUGCUCAUCCGAUUGCGUUAGCCAGAAAAGUAAUGGAGCAUACACCUCAUGUUUUUCUUAUGGGUUCAAGUGCAAAUGAAUUUGCUACCAAAAUGAAUUUUAAAUAUGUCAGUGAAGAGGAUUUAAUGACGGAUGCGGCUAAAGUAGCUUUAGACAAUUUCAUAAAUAAAGGCGGCGCUCCAACAACAACUGAAAUCGGACAAGGUGGUGUUGGCACAGUUGGCGCCAUCGGCAUGGAUGUGAACGGACAUAUGAUAUCGUGCACAUCGACUGGAGGGAUCACUGGUAAAAUGGCCGGACGAGUUGGUGAUACUCCCAUUCCUGGUGCUGGAGGUUACUGCGAUAAUACAGUAGGUACUGUUUCGACGACUGGCCACGGUGACAGCAUAAUGCGUUUUUGUUUAGCCCAGCGUAUCAUGACCAAUCUAGACCAAGAUGUUGAGCCGGACUCUGCAGUACAAAUGGAGUGCGAUAAAUUGUCAAUUCGUGUGGGCGGCAGUGCAGGUGCAAUUGCUAUAAAUAGAGAAGGCGUCAUAGGGAUUGGCUUUUCGUCUCCGAAAAUGGGCUGGGCAUAUUUGAAAGGAGGAAUUAUUCAUUAUGGUAUUAAAAAAGGUCAACAUUUAACAAUUGAAUUAUAAAAAGAAGUUGAAAAUACUAUCAUAAAAUUUCAUGUACUAUUUAUUUA